AUGCUAAUUUGGGGUUAUAAAUACAGCCGAGCAGGAGCAGCGGAGCAGCGAAGAGCCCGUCUGGAAGGGGACUUAGCUACUGCCCGAGCGCCUCCUUCCCAUCCCGUCCCGUCCCGUCCCGUCCCGUCCCGUCCCGUCCCGUCCCGUCCCGCCGGAGCCGCCGGCAGCUGGACCAGGAUGACGGCCGCGGCCGCUACCGGCACGCACAAGGUCGCCAGCACCAAGGAGGAGAGGAAGUUAAGGAAACCCCUUAUUGAGCGGAAGCGAAGGGAAAGGAUUAAUAACUGCUUAGACCAGCUGAAGGAGACUGUUGUGAGUGCCUUUCACCUGGAUCAGUCUAAACUGGAAAAAGCAGACAUCCUGGAAAUGACAGUGAAGCACCUCCAGAAUAUCCAGAGCAGCAAGAUGAUGGCUGACUCCAAGGUGGGUCUGGAAGCCCAGCAGAGGUACAGCACCGGCUACAUCCAGUGCAUGCACGAGGUGCACAACCUGCUGCUCACCUGCGAGUGGAUGGACAAGAGCCUCGGGGCUCGCCUCCUGAACCACCUGCUCAAGUCCCUGCCCAGGUCUGGUGAAGACACCUGCAAAGCAGCACUGAGGUCUUUGAGCCCGUCCCUGCAGCCUCUCCUGACACAGAAAAGUCUGCUGAGCCCUAAGGGCAGCGCUCGAGGCACAAACACGUCACAGGAGCGCCUCGGCCCUGCCGAGAACAAACAAGCUUCCAAAAAUUCCUUCCAGCUGCCCUCGCUGUCGCUUUUCAACCAGGCUGAAGCUGCACCUCCCAGACAGGUUCUGCAGCCAAAUUUUUCCCAUAACAACCCCAGAAUGGGGUCAUUAGAUAUGUGGAGACCGUGGUAA